ACGCCUUCAGCGUGAACCCACGCGGCGUCAGCAGCCCUACGUGAAUACGGACUCCACGCUGCCCAAUAAGCGCGCGCCGUCGUGCGCUUUGCUUUCUUUAUUUAAUUCAGUUUUUUUUCGUGCGUGUGUGUGUGUGUUGUUUUCUUCCCUUCGCUUCCACGGGGCCAUGAUGUCUGCUCCACGCUCCAGUCAGCCGUCGUCCUCCAUCGAAAUCCGCUAAAUGGGAUUCGCCAGCUUCCCCGCAGAAACGUGCACUUAUUCGCCAAAUGAGGACGAGCGAGAGGAUUUAUUAACACGUCUCUGAGUUGUUUCGGGCUUUAUCUCGAGGGGAAGAAGAAAAAAAAGGUCUGCACAUGGGGGCGGGCAAGAGCAAGCCCAAGGAACCGGGCCAGCGCUCCAUGAGCGUGGACGGCACCAUCGGCACGGGGUCCGACAGCGGCCACUUCCACCAUCUGGGCCCCGCUCAGCAGACCCAGACCCCUAACAGGAGCCCAGCGGGGGGCUCAGGCCGGCGGGGCUACCAAGGCUACCAGCAUGCCCCCACCAACACUCCUGAGCUGGCUCUCUUCGGAGGAGUGGACCCCACAGGCACUGUCACUUCGCCUCAGAGAGGACCUUUGUCAGGAGGUGUCACUACGUUCGUGGCGCUGUAUGACUAUGAUUCACGGACCGCAUCCGAUCUGACCUUUCGGAAAGGCGACAGGCUGCAGAUUGUCAACAACACAGAAGGGGACUGGUGGCUGGCUCUCUCCCUGACGACCGGAGAGAGGGGUUACAUCCCCAGCAACUACGUGGCGCCUUCGGACUCCAUCCAAGCGGAAGAGUGGUAUUUUGGGAAGAUCACUCGGCGGGACUCUGAAAGGAUCCUUUUGAAUUUACAGAACAGACGAGGAACUUUCCUGGUGAGGGAGAGCGAGACGACGAAAGGAGCUUACUGCCUCUCGGUGCUGGAUUACGACAACACCAAAGGCCUGAAUGUGAAACAUUACAAGAUCAGAAAGUUGGACAGCGGCGGCUUCUACAUCACGUCCCGCACGCAGUUCACCAGCCUGCAGCAGCUAGUCUUCCAUUAUCGCAGUGAGUACAGGGACCCUGGAUGGGGGUGCGGGACUGGGACUGGGACUGGGAAAACCUUCCUGAUGUCUCUCUUUGCCCACCCUACAGAACACUCCGACGGGCUAUGCCACGCCCUGACUGACGUGUGCCCUGUGGCCAAACCUCAGACCCAGGGACUGGCUCGAGAUGCCUGGGAAAUCCCGCGAGAGUCCCUCCGUCUUGACCUUAAACUUGGCCAGGGCUGCUUUGGAGAGGUCUGGAUGGGCACGUGGAACGGUACGACGCGGGUGGCCAUCAAGACCCUGAAGCCGGGGACCAUGUCACCAGAGGCCUUUCUGCAGGAAGCGCAGGUCAUGAAAAAGCUCCGGCAUGAGAAGCUAGUCCAGCUCUAUGCCGUGGUAUCCGAGGAACCCAUCUAUAUUGUCACGGAGUACAUGAGUCAAGGCAGCCUGCUGGACUUCCUUAAAGGAGAAGCGGGCAAAAUGCUUCGACUGCCUCAGCUGGUGGAUAUGGCCGCUCAGAUCGCAGCGGGGAUGGCGUACGUGGAGAGGAUGAAUUAUGUGCACCGAGACCUGCGCGCCGCAAACAUCCUGGUCGGGGACAACCUGGUGUGCAAGGUGGCCGACUUCGGCCUGGCGAGACUCAUUGAAGACAACGAGUACACGGCAAGACAGGGAGCCAAGUUUCCAAUCAAGUGGACGGCGCCCGAGGCGGCGCUUUACGGCCGGUUCACCAUCAAGUCGGACGUGUGGUCAUUCGGGGUGCUGCUCACGGAGCUGGCAACUAAAGGCCGAGUCCCGUAUCCAGGCAUGGUGAACCGCGAGGUCCUGGACCAGGUGGAGCGCGGCUACCGUAUGCCGUGCCCGUCCGAGUGUCCCGGCUCCCUGCACGAGCUCAUGCUGUCCUGCUGGCGGAAGGACCCGGAAGAAAGGCCCACUUUUGAAUACUUGCAGGGCUUUCUGGAGGACUACUUCACCUCCACGGAACCCCAGUACCAGCCCGGGGAGAACUUAUAGAACCGCACGCUCCUAUUUAUAUACACACACACCACACACAACACAACACACACACACUCAAAACACGUCCAACCUGCACUAAACCACCUCAGAGGAACUCGGGAUCCUGUGAGGAAGCCUCUCUGCCAUCAUGAACCCGGAGAAGCUGCUUUCUGGACUUUCCGGACACCCGCAGAAUCGAGCUUGUUCGGGACACACUCAGGCUUUGAGGAGUGAGACGUGAAAGGGUCUACACACUGCGUCAAAGGGGGCAAAAAGAAGGUUGAAGGAAACCGUCCCUGUUUUUUAACGGUACACGGGUGCCAAAAAGCCCAUUUUUACACUCCCCGUAAAAGCUGGCAACUUUUCUCUGGAACGAGGUGAGGACGGGUCGGAGCCAUUUUCGUUUCAGAGCCGUAAUUGGUGGUGGAAUGCGUCUCGGACGUUUAUGUGGGAAGUGAAGCUGGGAAAUUGGAUCAAAUAUUCCAAAUUGGAACUUUUCCAUGUAAAUGCUGAGCUGGGAAUCAAGCAUUUUGUUUCGUCAUAAGCAGACAUCUAUGCAACAUAGGUAGCUGCCUUAGUUGCUCCACGUAUUUAGUUAGAGGAAGCGUAUCUGAAGCUCGCUCACAAAAAAGUUGAGAACUGAAAAACCGUCCACUCGCACGGAAUCUUGAACUUGAAGUUCGCCAUUGAGAGCCGACUUCCCAUAAAUUUCCAAGUUUGAAAAUUCCCAGAAUCUCGCUAAACUAGCAGAUGGGAUGAUUGCGAAAGGCAGGCAAUCGUAGACACUGCUAACAUCUCUUGAUGUGACUGACAGGGUUUUCUCGGUGGAUAUCUUGCUUUACGGCAUUUUCCGGGCCAUUUACAGGAUUUGCCUGAAACUGAUCCUGCCCCCCGUCAGCGUCUCUCCGGUUUUUUAUCCAAGCGCUGCUCCUGCUGCCGGUUCUUCAAACCUCUUCAUGUUUACGUUGGAAAUGAUCUCCAUUGGUUUCUCAAGUUGGCGAUCGCGAUCAUCUGUAGGUACGAUUGUUAGAACUAAGACUGCUCAGUCAGGUCUCGUUCAAAUCGGGUCAAAACGAACCACGGUAGGAAGCGUUUGGGCCGCGGUUGUGCCGUCUGGCGUCGCCACCAACGCAACGCCGCACACAUAAACAUAUUUUAGUCAAGGUUCUAUCAGGAUUAGGUUAAACAUUGAUGCGUUUGUAACAGUCCUUGAGAUCUUGACGUGGGCUGAAAAUGGUAUCGCUCUACAUUUUUCUAUCUAGGAGCUGUUUCAUUUGAGUGCAAGUCAUUGUUGGGUACAUAAUUCAUACUUUUGCGGAACCUCUAACGUACAAAACUAUCCUAACACACUGGUUUGAUUUCCGUAUUCAUGGAAUUAAUUGGUUCCGGAAUCAAAUUGUCGCCGCCAUAAAACCUUGAACACAUCUACUGGUGAUUUUUAGAAGUACAAGCCAAAAUGGCUGCUUUGAACCAAAAUGGCCGAUUUCCUGUCCAAUGCCAGGCUGGGGUUCUUGAGUUUUUUUUUUUUCAAUGUGUUCUUUGAUAUUGGACAUGUCCAUCAAACCGAAAUGAUGAAACUAGUUUUGUGGGCUUUUUUUCAAACUUUUCAGAGGAACUACUGAGCGAAUUUACCCACACUUGCAAAAAAGAUCGUCUGACGACCACACUUUUUGGAGUCCGCUUGGGUCAAAUCACGGCAGUUUUAUCGACACGUCCGAAAUUUUUGAUCGGACCUGAGUGUACAACCUUUGGGGAUUUGACGUCGCAGGUUCUACUAUCUUGCAAGGGAAGCAUUUAUCCGAUAUCCUUGUUAUUCAUCUUCAGGUCCAUGUACGAGUUCGUUACGUAGGACAACUUUGACAUACUAGUACAACUAAAGGUUAGCCAAGAGGAAAGAAUGUGUACUAGUUGACAAAUGCGUGCUACAAGUACUGCUAUCCAUCCAUUCAUUUUCUUAGCCGCUUAUCCUCACAAGAGUCGCGGGAGUGCGGAGCCUAUCCCAGCUGUCAACGGGCAGGAGGCGGGGUACACCCUGAACUGGUCGCCAGCCAAUCGCAGGGCACAUUGUGACAAACAGCCACGCUCAAAAUCACAGUUAGGGGGAAUUUAGCGUGUCCAAUUAAUGUUUCAUGUUUUCGGGAUGUGGAAGGAAAUUGGGGGGCCCGGAGAAAACCCACGCAGGUACGGGGAGAACAUGCAAACUCCGCACAGGUGGGGCCGGUGUGACGGUCUGAGCAGUCCCCUGUGCCGAAAAGUCAAAUUGUGAUUAUUGCGCAUGCGUUAUUAACGGGGGAACUCUGGGUACGUAGCAGACGCUUCCCCGGUCUCAUAGUUCCCCUUCUUUUACAUAGAGGGAGCUAACAUACAUUAUAAGCUAACCUUAAAACAAAAUUUAUUGGGAAAAAAAAGAUAUACACACAUAUGUACGUUCGCUGUGUUCGUCUUUCUGAGAAAUCCGUAGCGAACACGAACACUCGGUGACACGUUGUCGAAUGGCGCACGUUGAAGCAUGGAUGGGGAUGUUUCAGACUGGCUUGAAGUUUACAAAAUAUACGCACGUGCGCACUUUUCAGCACCGCGAGCGCUCAGACCGUCACACCGGCAUUGAACCCGGGUCCUCAGAAGUGUGAGGCCAACGCAUCCACCGUACCGACACUAGUACUACUACUGACAAGUCUACAUCUAGUGUUCAACUCGUGGACAGUUUUGCUUCAUUAGUCAUGUGUAAUUGUCCUACUUGUAGGCGAAAGUUCUCUCGAAGACAUGGAGGCAGAUAUCGAGUAUAUGAACUAAACGUUAAAAUGGUUUUCUAUACAACGGCGAUACGUCAACUCCGACUAAGCAUUUCUAUUAGUAGUUUCGAGAAGUCACUAAUGAAGGGCAUUUGAGAGCGGUCCACGUUCAUCGAAUAUUUCUACACGGGGCGAACGGGAUCCCUGUCCGAAACCCGGCCGAGCUCAGGAUGGCGCAAAAAAAAAAAAAAAAAAAGUUUUAUCUGCAUCUGUGCCAAAGCGACCCGACUUGCUGUCCGUUUGGGUACGAAAGGGGGGGUGGGGGGGCUCGUGUGAGAGUUCCCAAAUCAUUUUGCAGGGGGAAACGAGCAAACGGGGCCCCGGUGUGUAAAACAGGAAAUCAGGAGGAAAAAAUGUGCUUUUCGUGCUGCGUUUGUAAUUAUUGCUGUACGUCCACCGCGCCGUGUUGACUUGAAGCCGCACGGACGAUAUCGAGCCUGUUCGGAAGGACUUUUGAUUGGAUAUCUCUCGUUCACUGUAGUCGCACUGUACAUAAUGUAGCGCUCCCCAGGGUUACUUUUGUAUUAUAACGGCAGAUAUGUAUUUAAGUUGGCUGUCACGUCACUGCAUUUUGCAUUUUUUUUGGUUUGAAUCAUUAAGAUCAGUGUCAGUUUAGGUUGAUGUCAGCCUAAACGGAAAUGAUUGAUAGAAGCAGCAAUAAGAGUCCAGAUACAAACGGGAGGUUGUUAUGCCGUGGGAAUGAAAAGUCUACACACCCCAUGCGCGAGGAUUUUGUGACACAAGGACAAUUAGACCAAUAAAAAUAAUGUGAAAAUGUUCACCUUUUAAGGUAACCUUUAUAACACAAUUGGAAAAAAAUGAGGGGAAGUAAAAAAAUAUUUUUUGCAGAAGUGAGCACACCCUCUUAAAUGGUUUGUGGAUGUGUUUGGAAUCAGCAGAUCCCAUCGAAACUCGUGAGCCAUUUCAAGUGCCUCCGAUUACAAAUGAACAGGCCGAAGAAACGGCAGGAAAAGCCUGCGAGAGCGCAUCCCGCGUGCCCACUCGUAAGAGGAUGUGCACACUAAUUCAACCGCAUUACAAGAUUCUAGUCUCACUUCACAUCUCAAAAAGAUAGGGGGAGUGGGAUUGACCCCAACAGGUUAAACGCCACAUGAAUGGUGGAAAAAGUUUUGAAAGUACAGUAUUUUACAGUCUUGGGCUUAUUAUUAUGUAUAUUUAAAAAAAUCUGGCAUUUGAUAAGUGGUGUGUAGACGUUUUAUCUCCAUUGUAUAACAGGGGUGGGGAACCUACUAAUUGACUGAAUAUUGAACUAUUUCAAUCUUUUGUAUUUGUUCCAUUGACAGAAUUAAUGAAUUUUGAGAAAAAAUGUUUUGUAAAAAAAAAAAAAAAUUGAAAUCGCCCAUUGACAAAUCACAAAAACUAAUCAAUUAAAAAUGUGUAAUUCAAAGCAUAUUUAACUGCAUUAAUUGUCAAUUUUCUUCUUUCAUUGACACAUUUUAGUGUUUUGUUUUUUUAAUAUUAGAGUUCAUACAUGAAAAAAAAAAUGUGAGGACUUGAUGGGGAAAAAGGUUGCCCACCCCUAUUUGGACAACGACAGCAUUUUAAAACAAUGACGUCAAAGAUGUAAAUAGUAUCGUCAAUGACUGUGACUAUCAUGUAACGAUUAUUUUACUCAACUGUUUUUUUUUGUUUGUUUGUUUGUUUUCACCAAAUGUGAUCCGAAGAAGUUUUAAUGAGAUGCUACUGAAUUUUUUUUAUUUUUCAUUUGACCCACAUAAGCAACAUAAAUUGGGCUUGACGUGUAUUUAUUUCCAAGAACAAGAAGAAUGUUCCUCUUUAUAUGUUUUUUUUUUAAGUGUUUAUUGUGAUUCACUGGAGGGAAGAAAGGGACAUGUGAAUAAAGCCAAGGUCUUAUUGGAAAACCUGUGCCAUGAUUUCAAACCUGUCUCGGUGUUAUUAUUAUCAUUAAGACUAUUUUUAAUGUUUACAUUAUUAUUUUUUUAUAAAUCUAUGCAGUUCAGGCAGACGUCCUGACCGCCACAGGAAGGUGAGCGUUUCAUUUUGUUUGUAUUUUGAC